AUGGCUCCUCCAAGAAUCACUGCACUGAUUACUGGUACUAACAGAUUAAUUGAAUCACAACCAACAGAUGUCAGAAUCACUAUAAUUGUCACCUCAAGAACACUUCCAAGAGCUCGUGAAGUUAUUGAUAGUAUAGCUGAUUUUGCUAAGACCACUAAAAGAGAAGGUAUAGUGGACUUUGAUUAUUUAUUAGUUGAUUUUACAGAUAUGAUUUCAAUUUUAAGUGCUUCAUAUGAACUAAAUAAGAGAUAUGCUCAAUUAGAUUACCUUUUUGCUAAUUCUGCUCAAGGCGUUUAUGAUGGUAUUGAUUGGUUUGGUGCUGUUAAAGAAAUUUGUGCAAAUCCAAUUGCUGGUGUUACAGAUCCUCAUUAUAAAAUUCAAAGAAUUGGUGUUAAAUCAAAAGAUAAUUUAGGUUUAGUUUUCCAAUGUAAUGUAUUUGGUCCAUAUUACUUAAUUCAUAAAAUCAAGCCAUUAUUGAAAAAAGCCAAAGCAAGAAUUAUUUGGGUUUCAAGUAUAAUGUCAGAUCCAAAAUAUUUAUCAUUUGAUGAUUUACAAUUAUUGAAAACUGAUUCAUCAUAUGAAGGUUCCAAAAGAUCAAUUGAUUUAUUACAUAUAGCUACAUAUAAAAAAUUAAAAGAUGAAGGUAUAAUUCAAUAUGUUAUUCAACCAGGUAUUUUCACAAGUUUAUCAUUUUAUAAGUUCUUAAAUGUCUUUACAUAUUAUGGUAUGUUAUUCUUAUUUUAUAUGACAAGAUUCUUAGGUUCACCAUGGAUGUGUAUUUCAGGUUAUUCAGCUGCGAAUGCACCAAUUUAUGCUGCUGUUUUAGCAAAUCCAAAUUUUGAAAAACAAGAUGUUAAAUAUGGUUCUGCUUGUUAUAAAGAUGGUGCUGAAUAUAUUAAACAACAGGAAAUCGAUCCUACAGGUGCUUCAGAUGUUUUAAAAUAUUUAGAUGGUUUAACUGAAGAAUGGGAUGAAAAAUUAAAAGAUCAAAUUACAAUUUCAAGAAAACCAUAA